UCAUAGUCAUUGUAUAUUCAGCUACUUUGGAUACGCACCAAGCAUCAUGUCUACCUUCGCUUUCCUCCUCCUCUGCGUCCAAGCUUGCUUGGUUCAGAAUGUGUACAGCCAGUGUCUGCGUGGUGCUGCUGGACCUAUUGGGUGGGACGCUGGAGUAGCUGGCUGCGGCUGGGGUCCCGGCGUUGCUGGCGUAGGCUGGGAAGGUGGAUUCGCUGGGCCCGUUGGCUACGGCUGGGGUCCCGGCGUUGCUGGCGUAGGCUGGGAAGGUGGAUUCGCUGGUCCCGGUGCUUGGGGCUGGGGUUCCUACGGAGGUGCCGGUGUUGGUGAUGUAGCAGUUGCCGGUGAAAUGGGCGUCGCUGGUAACACACUUGUCGCUGGUCAAGUGCCAAUCCUUGGUGCCGUCGAGUUCGGAGGCAUCGUGCCAGCUGCUGGAGCUGUCUCCAUUGCUGGUAGCUGCGGUUGCGGCUGCGGCGGUGGUUACAUUUACUGAGAAAUUGUAACAUGAUCAACGAAAGACCGUUUCCUAACGUAAAUUAAACAAUUUCAUUGUCUCUCAAAUGUCAUCUUUCAUUUGUACUCAUUUAAACCUCAUUUUUUACUUUAAAGCUCUGUAUCUCGCAAGACUAUUCUAUAAUUAGUCACAAAACAUAAUAGUUACAAAAAUGGCUUUCAAGUUUUUGUUGUUCUCUCUGUCAAUCCUUGGAUCUGUGUUUAGAAAUCCAAGGAUUGACAGAGAGAACAACAAGAACUUGAAAGCCAUUUUUUGUAACUAUUAUGUUUUGUGACUAAUUAUAGAAUAGUCUUGCGAGAUACAGAGCUUUAAAGUAAAAUAUGAGGUUUAAAUGAGUAC